CUGCCCUUGCUCGUCUAAUAGCCUCCUAACCCAACCCCAGUAGAUGGCCUCCACCACAGGCCGAAAGGGUGUCUGGGAGCCCUUACCCCUCAUCGUCUAUGGCUACGCGGUCCACCCUCUCUCCACCUCAAAGCGCGACACGCGUAUCUCCAGCCGCAGUCGCCCACUCUCGACCGUAACAGAGAACUCUACGGAUGAAACUGCAAUACACCGCGAAGUGGUAUCGUUGGAGGUUGGUGAUGAAGUUUAUGUGUUCGAGAAGUACACGCCACGCGGGAAGGAGGUAGAAGGUGUCUGGUACAGAGGCUACGUUGUCUGCACGAACCGGCGACCUCCUGUCACUUGGCCCUCGUCCUCCUCAGAUCCGUCAGUUGCAGCCGUCGCGAAGCCCCUCAAGACUGAAGAUGCACAGCAAGUCUUCCUGGGCAUCUUCCCCGCAUCCCAUAUCUUCGUGCGCGAUGAGCUCGCUGAUGCCGAGGGCCGGCUCCCCGACCUCGUUACCAACAUGAACGCGACCCCCCUAGGCAGUGCCAAUGGCGCAGAUGCCCUUGCCCAGUGGAAGCGAGAUCGCGCUAAUUCUGGCCCUGAACCACCUCAUGUGCGUGACGGUGGGCUUGAAGACGAGCGCAAGUCGUUCCGACUAGGUCCUCCACCCGACCAAGCCAAGUCCUCUCGUGGCGGCGUCCCCGUGUACCCAGCCAGCAUCCGUUCCCCAUCCCCUGACUCCCAAGCGCUCAAACCACUGCCACCCCGCCCUUCUCUCAAGUCCGGAGAUGAAACUGUUUCAGGUUCCACACAACCAAUUGUCGACGAGAUCGCGUCUGCGCUGCGCGAAUGGCAUAGCUUGAUGUUCCAGUAUCUUGCAAGGCGCGACUACAAGCUCUUUCAGACGGUGCGCGGGCAUAUUGAAGCGCUACAUCUUGGUCGCCGCCAGCUCCUCGCGCAAACACUCAGUGCAGACGAGACCGUUAGCCUGCGACGCGACUGUGUCGGUCGUCUCGUCUCAGGGAAUGUCAUUCAGGGACUCGACAUAAUCGUUCGUCACCCAACCUGGGGCGCGCUCGUCACCGUCGACGUUGAAGGCGAGAUUGACCCACGGAGUUGGGUCAGCGCGCCCCGGAUGUACUCGAUGCAAGUUUCGCUCGCAUACAUGGACGUCCAACCGGACAACGUGGCUAACACCUCGCGGCAGACCAUUGGCCAGUCUAUCGACCACUCUUCCCACCCCGUCCCAACCCCCGCUCACCCCGCCUUCCCCGACAUGACGCGCAGCAGGAUCACCUCGCGCCUCGUGAGCACGCUUAACCCGUACCAGCAGGACAAGCCAACCGCAAUCAAAUUUUACCACAUUUUCCUCGAUCUCCGCGCGUUUGUCGCGUCGCUAUGUGCACCCGGUGAAACCGCGGAGCUCUUCUUCUCCAUCUACAAGCAUACCGAGGCGCGCUUUGUCACCGAGGAGUGCUGCAUCAUACUGAACCACAACGGUGUGCUCGCACGCGACCCAAACGCCCGCAUCCGGUCCUUGUUUGCAGACAUUGCACAGAGCGACGCGCAGGACCCAUUGUACCUUGUUUGCAAGAUCGUACGGAGUGGUGCACUCAAUAUGGGACGUAACAUGGGCUCGGGCGCACCUAGCGACAUGGGGAGCCGCCGGCCUUCGGAGUUUUCCAUCGCGGAGGAGCCGGGUAUGCAGGUCCCGCCAACGCCGCCAAGGGGGGCGGGCGCGUAUAGCGAUCAAUCUCAGGCGUUCCGGAGACCAUUUGGAUGUGCAGUGCUGGAGCUCACGCAGCUGACAAAGAUGAUGGCGGAGGGAGUGGAUGUGACGCCGACGCGCGAAUAUGCAAUGCCCAUUUACGUGCCGACGAAUGAGGCACUAUUCUCAAUGCUUCAUCAAGAUAUUAUUGCCAACAAUGUCAAGGAGUAUGAAAAAUCCUCUCGGGCAGAAAUGCUCGCGGUGUCGCUCAAGGUUUUCCAUGGGGACUCACCUACCAUCAUUCGCGAGAACAUGUCCUUGCUGCACAAUAUUCCUGUCACCCAGCGCUUGGGCUUCCCUGACGUUGUUUUCCCGGGCGAUGUGCGCAACGAGCUCUACAUCAAGCUUUGGAGUGGUGACUUUUCGAGUCACGGUGGUGGCGGUGGCUCACGUCUCAGUAUCGCCAAUUUCCCGGGCCGAGGUCAGCAAGCACAAAAUGUCCAGGUCAGCAUCGAAGUCCGCGACUCGAAUGGACACACGAUCGAGAAUGCCAUCUCCAUGGGCGCCAGCGAGCCGAGUGUCACACAGUUCCAUUCGAUGGUCUUCCGCGGGAACAGCCAGCCGACAUUUGGCGAGCUCAUCAAACUCAAUCUGCCGCUGCACCAGGAGACAAACUGGCACUUGCACUUCACGUUCCGGAAUCGCUCUGGCCGGGAGCGCGUCGGUCGAGGAGGUGCCGAUCCAGAUAAACCAUUUGCGUUUGCAUUUUUGCCGCUGUCGUCCACCCAAAGCGCGCUUUUGGAGGACGGGAGUUACACGCUUGUGCUGUAUCGCGGAGAGCGGUCGAUGAUCACACCGGCGGAGGUUUAUCUCAGCGCGACGCCAUGGCUUCUGCCAGGACAGCGGAUAGAACAGCUCGCUAUCCCUCCCGAGUUCUCGCGGUACGCGAUGCCCAUGCGUGACACGGUCACCUUGCGGUCGUCGCUCUGCUCCACGAAAUUUACGCAGAACCCUGUUCUGAUGACACUCUUCCGGUGGGAGCGGGUGACGGAUACAGAGGUGCUUGCAGCAGUGUUGAACAAGUUUACCUUCGUCGGCGAGGGCGAGAUCGUCAAGUUCCUGUCCGACAUUUUCGACUCGCUAUUCGGCAUUCUUACCUCGCAGUACAACCAUGACGGCGAGAUGGACGGUCUUAUCUUCAACGCCCUUGUCACUGUGCUCGGCAUCGUCCAGGACCGUCGGUUCAGCAACUUCCAGCCCGUGCUUGACGUAUAUAUUGAGAAGCACUUCAACUGCCCCACCGCGGCCUCCCAUAUCAUCCGCUGCAUGGACCGUCUUCUCCGCAACCCCACGGGCACCGAGACGGCCCAACCGCUGCGCUCGGCGCUCAAGGUCUGGCACUACAUCUUCAAGUUUAUCACGCGCUCGCGCAAGCUGCAAAAAGACCUCGAGCUCGAACUCGGCAGCGGCGCCGCGGCGGAGCACCUCGAGCAGGCAUUCAAGAAGGAGAUCCGAUCGCACCUGUCGGAGGUGAACCGGAUGAUGACGACGUCGACGCCGCUGUCGAUCAUCGGCACACAAACGAUCGCGUUGCAGAACUUCGCUUCCAUAUUGCCGGAGCUCGCCAAGAUGUUCAACACGAUCGAGCUCGUUCAGUUCGCAAGCAAUUUUGCGUCUGCCGUCUCCGCGACCAAGGGAAAAAUCGUCAUCUGGAAGUUGAUUCUGUAUCUCCAGAUGGUGAAGGGGUUCUUGUUCGAUAAUCCGCAGAGCCGCGCCACGCUCGUACAAGAUGUUGCACUGUGGAUACAGCCGCAUUUUGGGCGGUUUGAUGAGUACACGCAGACAGCAGUGAAUGACUCGGAGAGCGUGCGCGACCAGGCGCGCGUCCAUUGGCUUGAGAGCAUCCGGCUUUGUGUCACCAUCAUGGCAGUGAUGCUGGACAAGCUUCAGCAGCAGCUUGUUUCGUCUUCCGUACUUGCGGACCGGGUUUUGUAUCAGCAAGAACAGCAGAAUGUGGAGUUCAUGCUUAUGCUCGUUCCAAGAUUACUUCAGUCUUACCGCGAAUUCCAAGAUCCUGCCAACCACCGCGCUGUCGAACGCACAAGAGAGGCUACUACUACUAUUGCAUCGAUCCCUGUUACCUUUCCCGAAUCCUAUCCCUUCUCGCUCAUGGCUCUGCUUCCCAAUGCUCCUCGCAACGCAAUUAGCAUCUCCCUCACCGCAGAAGAAAAUUCAAUAUUCAACCCUGGUCUCGGCGAGAGUGCCGUCGUCUUUAUGUCGCUCGUGCUCUCGGCGCCUGCGAAGCACUUGCACAAUUUCCUCGAGGAAUACUUCCAAAUUCAGCGUAAAGAUAACUUUGCCAACUUCCUCUCGCAGUUCUUCAAGGUCGCAACCUCCAUCCUCAACAACGAGGCGUUCCCGUCGAGCUGGCUGAACAUCAGCGUCCUCAUGCACAAAGUUUUCAUCAAGAUGAUGGACCCCGUCGCAGCGAUUCUCAAGGAAACGUUUAUCCCUGCUCCGUAUAGCGAGGACUCGUUCAAGGAGGACUUGUGGAGGGAUGCAUUCUAUAUGCUCUUUAAGCUGCUUUCGUCGGAUCAGCUGGUGAUAGAGGAUUUCAGUCCGCAGAAACGCAGAGCCGUAUGGCGGCUGGGUGGAGAUAUUCGGGGAGAAGGUGCCGAUAUCCUGCUCCGUUUGUGGGAGGCACUGGCAUGGCCAGAAAGUCAGCCAGAAGAAGAGGCGGGCAUACCUCCCGGGGCGUAUCAAGCCGUCCUAAGCUCACUUAUUGGCCAAGUUGUCAACCUCUGCUUCAGUCAUCACGAGUCUCUGCGUAAUAACGGCGUGGGCAUGCUGUACGGCAUGAUCAUCGCGGACUACCAGCAAUUUGGCCACUUCAAUGAUAUUGAGACGGAGCUAGUCAAGAAGCUCGACUCGCUGUUCAUGUCACAUUCCAAGGGAGACGACAUUUCGCGCUCAUUCUUCAUCGCCCAUUUGCGUCAUCUCUUUGAGUCGGAGGAGGUUGAUGAGAGUUUACGUGAUCACGUAGCGAAUUUCUUGGGCUCAGUGGACGCGUUCCUCAAGCUUCUGCUUAGCGUCAGGAGACUACCUGAAGGCGAAGAAUUCUUUGAUGAUCGCGUCAUUGCUACUCUGCGCUUAAUGAACUUUGUCCGUGAAAUAGGUCGCGAGGAGAUGUAUAUCAAAUAUGUUCACCAGCUCGUAAACACCCAUCUCCAGGCCCAGAACUAUGUCGAAGCCGCGCUUACCCUCAAACUCCACUCUGAUCUGCACGAAUGGGAUCUUCAUACGUUUGUUGGUCCGAUGGAGGAUUUAGGGUUGCCACAGCAAUCCCACUUCCACCGAAAGGAAACGCUCUGCCUCCUUAUUUUGGACUACCUUGGAAAAGGAAAAGCAUACGAAACUGCCAUUGAAAUAUGCAAGGAACUGGCCCAACAGCACGCCGAGGUCACAUUCAACUACGCUCGUCUUGCAGAGAUUUUGCGACAUCAAGCAGCACUGCUGGAGCAUAUUAUCACCGACCAGCGCUACUAUUCGGACUACUUCCGAGUUGCGUUUUAUGGCGAAUUCCCUGAUGCCCUUCGGAACAAGCAAUUUAUUUAUCGUGGCUAUGAGUGGGAGAAAUUCGGGGCCUUUUGUGAGCGCAUGCUUGGAAAGCAUCCUGGCGCCCAGCUGCUCAAGACCAUCGGCGACCCCCCUCCGGACAUUAGGUUCGGUCACGAUCAGUACUUACAAUGCACAGCAGUGGUUCCGGAGCCGGACAGAACAUUGCCCAUUUUCACGAGUCCCGAUGUGCCUCUCGCGAUUCGCAAUUAUUAUGAACAUAGUGCUAUCAACACGUUCAGCUGCUCACGGGAGAUCGUCAAGCCUGGCAUCGACGGUGCAGAGGAGAUCUGGGUGGAGAAGACGAUGUUCACUACUGAGCAAGCUUUCCCGACUGUCCUCAGGAGAUCCGAUAUCACCGAGAUUUCGCUCGUCGAGACCUCGCCUGUCGAGGUCGCCCUCAAUGAUAUUGAGACGAAGACCCGAGAACUGGCUGCUUUCCAUCUCAAAUACUCGGCCCAUGCGAAGACUGCUCAAGUGAUUUCCACCAAUGCUCUGUCAAUGUGUCUCAACAACACGGUUGAUACCCCACCCGACAGUGGGGUCGUGGCGUACCGCGAGAUGUUCUUGGACUCGAACUAUGUUGACAAGUUCCCGAGCCGGGCUGAGUUCGUGGGCAAACUAAAAACAGCGAUUGAUGACCAGGCCCAGGUCAUCUCAAGUUGCUUGAAACUCCAUGGUCAGUUAUGUCCUCCUGAGAUGCAGCCUUUCCACGAUACGCUCGACAAAUUCUUCCGGAAGAACUACGCAGAGGAGAUCAGACGAUUGCGUCUAGACGAGUCAAACACUACAGAGCUUCCUUUGCACUUCGCGACAUCCACAAUUGGUCACGAGCAGGCUUCCAUCUUCAAUCACCAGCGUGCUCUGUCAAUAUCAUCGCAGCAUACUGGGUCACGCGUUCCGUUGAACGUCGGCCAGCUAAGUCCCCACCACUCGCAUCAACCACCGCUGUCGCCAGCGUCCGUCGUCUCGUCUGCCAAUGCUCAGAACAAGCAAACGCCUCUUCAGAGAAGUCUCACACACCUCGCCCGGCACGGUCUGAACGCCGUCUCUACGGGCAUGCCUGAGCCGGAAGAAAACGGCUCCCCAGGCUCCCCGCGCGACUCGAUGAUCACUGUGGGGAACGGUACGCCGGGUAACGCAACGCCGUCGGUGACCGGUAGCAGUAGUUCGUUCAAGGGGAGGAUCUCGAGAUUCGGGAGCUUGAGCUUCCAGCGCCGGGGAUGAUAGCCACUGCCUUGUUUAUGUUGAUCUGUGCCUUAUUAUGUGUUUAUUAUAGUAUAGUUUAUCAAAUUGCUUCGAAUAUGAUCUAGGGAGGUAGUAGUGUACUUGUUUCUGCCGUCAUGUCAUAUAUCCCUUAACGGAUACCCGAGUGCUUAUUGUUGCUGUGCCGCC